GUUUUUGACAAGUCAAUAUGAGGUAAUUUCUCUUCUGCUCUCACUUUUUCUCCGCAUUUCCUGAAGAGGGUCGCGGUUUCAACUAAUUCAAUUACCUGAAUUAAGACUGGCAUUGGGUACAUAUGAAAAGAACACGUCAUCUACAAAUGUCAGCCCACGGCCUCAGACUACUGCUGAUGGGGAUACGGAGCACCAUUGGCUGCCUACAGAUAGCCAAUGAUCUCAGGCUGUCUGCAUGUAUACGAAUCGCCACUCAUGCCCACAAAAGAACUUACUACUUGGACUUGGCAUAUGGAGGUGCUGGGCAGACUCAGCAGAGUAAAGCGGAGCUCAUCUCACCUGCUCCAGGGCUCUCGCAGAGGAAUCUGUCUGCUGCGGCUGGGUCGCUGAAAAGCCAGUUCCGCCCCAUGUCUAGAUACAACUUCCUUGACCCAGGUGAUGUUGAUGAAAACACACGUAAGGCACUGGCGUGCAGGUAUCAGCGGCACUUCAUUGUGGAUCCAGAUUUUGCCCAGCUGGUAGCAGAUCACCUGAAAGGAGACCUGACAGAGAGGAACGCUGCCAUCUUUGAGUGCAAUCCUGGUCCAGGGGUACUGACACGGGCUCUGCUCAAUUCUGGGGCACAGCGGGUCAUUGGUCUGGAGAGUGAUAAGGGCUUCCUUAAAGAUCUGCAAGCUUUGGAGGGCAGUCUAGAUGGGCAGCUGGAGGUGGUGCACUGUGACUUCUUCAAGCUGGACCCCCUCGGACAUGGCACCAUGAAGCCUCCGUCAAUGUACUCUGACAAGCUCUUCAAUGACCUGGGCAUCUCUGAAGUUCCAUGGACUGCUGAUGUUCCUGUGAAGGUGCUUGGAAUAUUGCCCCAAAGAAAAGAGAGAAGCAUUUUAUGGAAGCUCAUAUGCGCCAUCUUUGAGCGCGCCUCCGUAUUCCGUUAUGGUCGAGUGCAGUUAGUCAUGUUCAUGAGUGAAAAGGCGUAUUUGAAACUUGUGGCUGAACCAGGAAAUCUCAAAAAAUACCAGUCGUUGAGUGUAUUAUGGCAGAUUGCUUGUGAUAUCAAGCUGAUACAAAAGGUGCCAAUAAGUUCUUUUGUGAUAUCUUCCAAGGGUCAUGGUAUCCCUGUCAAGAAUACAAAAUUUCCAGAUGAACACCUGUGCUUGAUUAUGAUGACCCCUCGCCCAAACCUUUUCUCCAGUAAUCUCACCCAUGCCAAUGGAGCGGCCUUGAUCGUGAUGGUGAAGCAGUGCAUGACUAAGAAGAAAAUCCAACUGAUUGACCAUCUGAAAGCAUGGAGUCCAGAAAAUGGGUCAAAGGUGCUGACUGACCUGGGUUUGCUAGAAGACGUCCAGACAGGAUAUGUGUUUCCUGAACAAUACAGAAUUGUGUUUGAAAGUCUGCAUCAGACUAAGGACUUCAAGCAGAGCUGGAUCUACAAUGAGACUUUAAACAUUGAAACAACAACCAUUGUGUAACUUAACUAAGACAAAAAGCUGAAACCACCUUUCUCAAGAUGGAUCUGGGUUGGAAAAUAUCGACGCAGCCAACGGCAGGAGUGCAGGGGCCUGUGUCGUGAAGCAGGACUUCAUGCCGGAUAACUUGUUGGGUUUAAGCUACCCCAGUUUAAAUGGACUUUAUCUUUGUUCACUUGCAUUUAGCCCAGACUACCUUAAAUCCGACAAGUUAUCCGACUCAGCAAGAAAUACUGCUUCAUGAUGCAGGCCCCAGCUCUGAUGAUUAUUGGUUAUUUGAAUCUGAACUUAUUUCCCAUUGGUAAAGAGAAGUUGCUUCUGAAGGAACGAAUAAUAAUCUUGUAAUGUUAAUCUUUAUAGUCAGUUAUAAAGUGCCGAAAUGCUGGAUCUAUUUAUUUUAGAAAUGUAAAUAGAAUAUGGCUUGAAAGGUUUACGCGAUGCAAUUAUUUGAAAUGUAUGCUUGAGAAAAUGUUCAUCUGUAAAUUGAACAUGAAUAGGGCAUGUGGUAUUUUAAAGCAUUUUCAGAGCGUAAAUGCACUGGUUCGUUGUGCAAAUGAUGUGUACAUAUGGCGAUGUCAUUCUGUGAAAUUGUUACAGUAUACAUUAAGGAGUUUUAUUCUGCUAAAAUUGUUCAUGUGUAAUACUAUAUAAAUUAGUAUGUGACAUUUCAAA